AUGUUCAGGGACUCUUUGGCAGUUCUGCUGUGUGUAUAUUUGCUGCUGGGGACGUGUGAACUUCCAGCGGCAGCGGCGGCAGCGAACGCCUUUAAACCAAAUAUUCUACUGAUAAUGGCAGAUGACCUGGGCAUUGGAGACCUUGGUUGCUAUGGGAACAAUACACUGAGGACCCCGAAUAUCGACCGCCUCGCAGAGGAAGGCGUGAGGCUCACCCAGCACUUGGCAGCCGCCCCGCUCUGCACACCAAGCCGCGCCGCCUUCCUCACAGGGAGACAUUCCUUCAGAUCAGGCAUGGAGGCCAGCAACGGCUACCGGGUUCUUCACUGGAAUGCGGGCUCGGGUGGGCUCCCUGAGAACGAAACCACAUUUGCAAGAGUCCUGAAGCAGCAAGGCUAUGCGACGGGCCUCAUAGGAAAGUGGCACCAGGGCGUGAACUGUGCCUCCCGCGACGAUCACUGCCACCAUCCGCUGAGCCAUGGGUUCGACUAUUUCUACGGCAUGCCCUUCACACUCAUAGACGACUGUGACCCCGGCAGGCCUCCUCGCCUGGACGCCGCCUUCAGGGCCAAGCUGGGGCGUUACACCCAGGUCAUGGCCUUGGGGGUGCUGACUGUGGCCGCCGCUAAGAUCUGCAGGCUCAUCUCGCUCUCCCGCAAAGCGGUCGUGGGCAUGGCCGGACUCACGCUCCUGUUCUUCCUGUCUUGGUACGCCAGCUUCGGCUUUGUGCGGCGCUGGAAUUGCAUCCUGAUGAGGAACCACGAUGUCACAGCGCAGCCCAUGGUUCUAGAGAGGGCGGCGGGUCUCCUGCUGAAGGAAGCUGUUUCCUACAUCGAAAGUCCUGCAAAAGCCUCACGCUGUCUUCCUCCUGCAGGCGGCAAAGGCAUGGGCGGCUGGGAAGGCGGGAUCCGCGUGCCGGGGAUAUUCCGCUGGCCCGGGGUGCUGCCGGCCGGCCGGGUCGUGGCCGAGCCCACCAGCCUGAUGGAUGUGUUCCCCACCGUGGUGCAGCUGGGGGGCGGCCAGGUGCCCCAGGACAGGGUGAUCGACGGCCACAGCCUGGUACCCUUGCUGCAAGGAGAGGACGUACACUCGGCGCAUGAGUUCCUGUUUCAUUACUGUGGGAAGUAUCUCCAUGCUGCACGCUGGCACCAGAGAGAGAGUGGAAGAGUCUGGAAGGUCCACUACACAACACCACGAUUCCACCCCGAGGGAGCAGGGGCCUGCUAUGGCCGAGGCAUCUGCCCCUGUUCCGGGGACGGCGUGACCCAUCACAGUCCCCCUUUGCUCUUCGACCUCUCCACAGACCCUUCUGAGGCUCGGCCCCUGUCCCCCGACUCGGAGCCCCUGUACCAUGCGGUGUUGGCAAGGGUGGGCGAGGCCGUGGCCAGGCAUCGGGAGACCCUGAGCCCCGUGCCCCAGCAGUUUUCCGUGAGCAACAUCGUGUGGAAGCCGUGGCUGCAGCCGUGCUGUGGACACUUCCCGUUCUGCUCCUGCCAGGAGGACGAGGACAGCGCCCCCCACAGGCCAGAGCUGUGAGAGAGGACAAGAGAACCUGACCGGUUUGGGGGGUGGAAAUCUCCAUCCUUGGUCAAUUCCUGUGCUUUUUCACAUAACAGAGGAAAGUUAGAACGGCUUGAUCUCUGCUGUCAAGAACUCAUUGAUCUCAAAGGGUUGAUUCACUUCCUGCACUUUACGCUCACUAUCCAUGAAUCCUUGUCAUGCUAGUUAGAAAUUGCCAUGGGCUGCUGGGAAGAGAGGCUGAGAAUAAGAAUGCCUGAAAUGAGAGAAGGGUGUGUUCACUCUCGAGUAAAAGGAAGCUCAGACGAAGCAACUCAGGGCUAGCAGGCUCCUGCCAACUCCCUGCUCUACUGUCUUUCACACAGAGAGUUCGCCUCAUGGUGUCAAUGUGGCUGCUGCAGUGCCAGGCAUCACAUUCCAGGUGUCAGGAAGCAGCAAGAACAGAAGGGAAUCCCUCUUUCCUGCAUCAGUCCCUGCAGAGUGGGGAUUAUCUGGAAGCAACAACUCACUCACGACUUUUGUUUCCAACAGCCAUGUGUAGAAACAAUUAGAAAUUGAGAAACGCAGUCUUUCAAGUGGGCACAUGACUGCCCCCGUUAAAAUCAGGUCUAUGCUAGUCUGCAGAAAGGCAACAGAACCUUUAUUGAGUUGACGAAGGUUUUUGAUGCGUCAUUUAAUCGCCAGAUUGAAUGACUGUAUCUCGUUCUGCUUGGAAGAACACGCUACAGCCAGUGUCUGUAACUGACAGAUGAUCUCCCAACACGCUGAAGACGUCUGGACAGAAAGUUUGAACCUCGGACAAAGCGACAAUUGUGAGAGGUUUCAGCCGUACAGAGGGAAGGUGGCUUAUCCUCCUGCGUUCCUAAAAUUUGGCCAGCGUGUUCUCUAAACCAAUUCUGUUUCAUCCUCACACCCACCCCCUGUGGCUUGAUGACGGAGGUGUAACUCUGACCCCUCGCGCGGCUGGGACCUUCUGCCCCCAGAGCCCAAUACUGGGGGGACAUCGCACUGUUCCUUUCUGAGUCUAUCCAUCAGGGGCCCUGCAGGAAGUAGCCGGGCCACUCAAAGGGGGAGAUUAAAGGGCAUCUAAGGGCUGGGCGCGGUGGCUCACACCUGUAAUCCCAGCACUCUGGGAGGCC